GUUAGAACUAGGCUAAUAACUAAAAUUAAUAUAGUUAAGCGUUAACUGCGCAGUUCGCACUAGAGUGACUGCUCUUGACUGUUUUCAGUUUUCUGUUACAUGUGACGAUGGAUUCAGAUUUGCAAAAGCUGCUCUCGACUUGUGAAUUAGGGAAACUACUAAUCUCUCUGACUAACAAAAUCGAUGAGCUUGGGAGCACCCUGGCUCCUUUGAAUCUUCCUGUUGCUGCCAAACAGUCCAUCGAUGCUGUACAAUCCUUCGUCAAUGAUUUUCUGGAAAGAUUGUGCGAAAUUGCACUAACUGAGCCACGAGCAGCGUGGACGGAUUAUGAAGAGACAGCCGAUAAUGAACGCAUUGUACGCACGGCGAAUGCGAAUGCUAUUGCUGUUCAGCAGUCUCCGAAUAAAAAAUCACAUCGAUUCGUGAAAGUUGUGGAACUGACAAAUGGAGCACGCCGGCGCUCCACUUCGCUGUUUUCAAAAGGUCACUACAAUAUCUCGUCCAGCAAACCUUUGAAGUUAACCGGUUCCCAUACUGGAGAAUUUCUUGCAAAUGCUGCACAACUCGCUAACACAAUCGUACAAUUAGAAAUGAGAAAAGUGAAAAUCGGGAAACACUCAAGUGACUCAACGCAUGAUCAUGAUCAGCACUUGCAAGGGGUGUCAUUUGGAUUUCGUCCAGUCACAAAAGGAGGGCACAACCAGCAAUUUCCCAAGAAAGAAGUAGCGGACUUGAACAGAAACGAUGCCGGUGCCCAACUGCAAAUAAUUCCAAGAAACAUGCUGUUUUCGAUCACAAAGCAUCUGCAGCCAGAAAUUCUGCCGAACAUCAGUCUGAUCCACGCGGAAGUUUCGGGAAACGACACGGCCUUCGCGCAGUUGCUGGCUGCAUUCCCAGAUUAUCACGUGAGGAUAAAAACCGUAAUGACAGCUCUGCGCAGCUUUCUCCUUCUUUACAAUAUUCCUCUGGCGGUUGUGGACACAGUAAAGUUAGGAGAAUUGAUCACUACACUGGGACUGCGAGAGUACUUUACGAAAGAGCACUUGCUGAGUCUGCUGGACAAUCGCGGGGAAGUUGAAAAACUGAUGAAGACUGCGGGUUGCAGGUUUCGAGGCGCCAACGGCCGAAUCGUAGCUGCGACAGUGAUUCAGUCCAAUUGGCGCCGCUAUGUCACGCGUCGUUGGUAUCUCACUUACCGCAAACAACGGGCAGCUGCUAAUACGAUUUCCAAGAUUUGGCUGCAGUGGAUGCGCACGAAAGCCAUUCGGGAAAAAGUAUCCUUCACGCGGGAAACAUCCAGAAUGUUCUAUGCCGAGAAACUGGAAUGGCUAAAGGCCAAUUGGACAAAAUUUCUGGAUGGCAAUCGCUUGUACAUUCAUUUGCCAUCAUUCGGAUGGGAACAGAAUCUGCGAAGCCGGAUAAAGAAUUUUUCGAUUCGCGAAAACAGGCAGUUUGGUCGGAUUGGGGAUAUCCACGACUCAGCAGUGAACGUUGUCUACAUUUCACCGCUUGUUUUUGCCGAACAACACGCCGAUUACCAACGCCGUUUCUUGCGAUUGGCGGCGAUAUGCAAUGACCUUUCGGAAGAAAAUCUAUCCCACAGGUUAACGAUGCACGUUCCCGCUUUGGUGGACAGAUUCCCGGCGUUUCACUUCUGCUUGUCUACAAUCCUGAAAUACAGCGGAUCCAGUCUGCACACGCUGCGCCAACUGGCGGCACAGCGGCCGGCGGUGCUGGUCAGUGGAUAUCCGCAUGUGGACGAUCUGGAAGUGGCCAGAGAAAUCGGCGUUCCUUACCUCGGAACGGAUCCCUACGUUGCCGACGUUUACGGAACGAAAAGCGGAGCGCUGCGCGUUUUCCGCGAAGCAGGGGUGACUGUUCCGCCCGGUGAAGAAGAUAUAUUUUCCGAACAACAAUUAAUAGAAUCGUUAUCGAAUUUAAUUGUGCUCAACUUGGAAACACCAACAUGGAUUUUCAAAACGAAUCAUUCCCGCGACAGCCGCGGAAUCGCCUGGCUACACAUGACAUGCAUUUCGUGCCUACCGUUUCUCCGAAAAGAACGCGCCAAGAAGAAAGAGCAGUGGUCGUUGUACUGGGCACACGAGCCGUUUCUAUCCACACUGCAGAACGAACUUCGUGAACAACUACCGAAACACUUCAACAUUCGCAGCCAGUCAUACUACGCUACCUGGAAGGAUUUCGUGAGAGAUUUCAUCACGCAUGGAGGAGUCAUCCAGGCGUUGCCAACGGCGGACCAUGUGACCUGUUUGACGUGUGAUUUGUUUAUUUCGCCCUUAGGCAAGAUGAGUGUUGAAUCGUCUGGCGAUCAGAUUGCGGAUAAGGCACCGUUUUCCAAGUUGGGCUACUCUAUUCCACAGACAUCGGUGGCUGCGCAGAAUUUCCUGAUUGAUUACUGUGAGAAGAUAGCACGGACGGCGUACAGUCGCGGAAUAAUUGGAUAUGUUUCGGUGGAUUUUGUGACCUUUUUCGACGGUCCAGAGCAAAUACUGUGGGCACUGGACUGGAACAUUGGAAUCCAGGAUAGCGUUGCUUUGUCAAAGGUCAUCCGCUUCGUUUUGAAUGCUUGGACGAGCCAGACCUCGCUGAUGCUGGAAACAUUUCCGUAUGUACCGCCCAGCAGACGAAAGCGGAACUUAGAGGCGAAAGAACUGGCUCCAAAGCCGCUUCGGCGUUUUGCUGUAGUCAGCUCCGCACUGUAUCAUUCUCAUUUGGAAAUUAUCCAUCCCAACGUUUUCUAUCAAAUCUGCAAAUCAAUCAGCCUGGAACUGGAUCCAAGCACAAAGCAAGGAAGUAUCCUUCUCCCGCUCGACCAUAGCAAAAAGACGAUGCUCGGAAUGUGUGUGAUUGCUGAUUCUCUCCACAAGGCUCUGAAAAUAUACAGCAAAAAUUUGAAAUUGAUGAACGAAGAAAUCACCAGUACGACAAUUCAAGGAGAAAGCAAUUUCAUUACGGCGGCGACCGCAAUGGAUAACAUAGCGAACCAAGUCCAGGGCAAUGAUAACCAAACAACAGCCAAAAAGAGUAACAGCUCAUUUCCCUUUGACAAAUUGUACCGAGAAUGUUGAAACAAACGAAGGGAUGCACAGAAAACAACGCAAAUGAACUCAAACGCACGAGGCAGCUAAAUACCGGCCAUAUUAAAUACAGUCCCAUAACAUCCAUAAAAAAGAAACAACGUGAUGAUGCUUUCCACUCAUAACAGUCCCUGACGGCGAAGAUCUUCGUAGGUUUUCCGGUUGACUACAUUCCCAGCUGAGUCCUCAAAUUCUUCCUCGGCGUCGGGUUUCCACUUAUCGGCAUUCUUCGCUUUCUUCAGCUUCUCCCACAAUUUUACGGCUUCUUCGAUAUGUGUAAUAUUAGCGAAGUGGGCCGUGUUGGGAAUACCGAGACAUCGCAUUCCGUGCGCAUGCCUCCAUUCACUAAAAUGCCGCUGAAAUGCUUUCGGUCCUCUGUACACCUGUUGAACAAAAAACAUUUACUCUACUGUGUGA